AUGUCAUUGGCCACUCCAUCAGAUCUGGACUACUGGACGACACGACUUCGAGACAAGGAACAAUGUUUAUUUCCAAUUCUCAACGAUGGAGCAAAAGAUGUACCGAAUGAAUUGCGAGCGCUUGAAGUCAACGUACCCGCCUUGAGCAUUUUGAAGGCGUUCUGUGAUGAUCACGACCUUAGACCAUCAACAGUUUUCCAAACAGCUUGGGCACUUGUUCUUAGGAGCUAUACCGGCAGCGAUGAGGUGUGUUUUGGAUAUCGCACCUCAUCCGGAUCACUUCCGUGUCAGUUGAGUAUUCCACGGGAAUCAAGCCUUCAACACGUUCUCGACACCACGAACUCGGCAGUCGCACGUGACUCCACUCAUCAUGGUAUCUCCUUAGAGCACUUGGAGUCUACUCUAGGAUAUGGAGAAGCUGGUCUUUUCAACACGGAAAUCUACUGUCGAGAAGACCUGCCGCAAAACCCUGUACGCCGGUCACUCGGGGAAGAGAGCAGCUUGGAGCUCAGUGGAACAGUCACAAGAACAGAGAGUCUGAACCAUGACGGGCAGAAUCUGGAUCCACGAACCAUCAUCAGAGUCGAGACCGAUUUAGGAUUGGAAUUUCUUCGCAUGAAACUCCUGUAUCGGCUCUCAAGUUUGUCAGAUGGCCAAGCUGCAAAUGUGGGGAGUGCCUUGGAGAUGGCUCUGUCAUGUGUUUUCGAGAGAUCACAUCUAAGUAUAGCAGAUCAGUCACUCUUCAGCAAACAUCAUGCAAGGAAAGUAAAUCAGUGGAAUACGCAUCAUCUGAAGCCACUGGAUCUGACCUUUCACGGCGUGGUGUCCACGCGAGUCAAAGCGCAGCCAGACACCCCCGCGAUCGAUGCGUGGGACGAGCAAUGGACGUACCAAGAGCUGGAAGAUUUGUCAUCACAUCUUGCUCGUCAUUUGGUAGAGAUGGGAGUCAGAAGUGGCAUGAAGGUUCCCCUCGUAUUCGAGAAAUCCGGGUGGUGGGCGGUUGCCUUGCUUGCGGUGUUGAAAGCUGGCGGGGCAUUUGUGCCAGUCGACCCCUCCCAGCCGGUUUUGCGACUGAAAGAUAUCGUGGAAGACGUGGAAGCGAAAAUUUUGUUAUCUUCAGCUCAAUACUCUGAGCUGCUGGCGGAGUCAGUUGAGAAAACGGUGGUUGUAUCCCGGUCAACUAUGGAGAAAUUAUGCUCCAAGAGCACAACCCCAGCGGAAUUGCCUUCAGUAUCCGCCGAUAGCGAGGCUUACGUUAUGUACACAAGUGGCACUACUGGUAAACCCAAAGGUGCGACAAUGAAUCACGGACCAUACUUAUCAGGUCUGUAUCAAAUAUUUCAAGGAACAAAUCUUGGGCCUGGGUCAAGAGUACUGCAAAGUUCUUCUUACGCCUGGACCCCCUGUAUUAUUGAAAUGAUGGGCUGCUUAUGGAAUGGAGGCUGUUUGUGUAUUCCAAGCGAGUUUGCCAAGCAGAAUGCCCUUACCCAGGUCUUCAACGACAUGCGGAUUUCAUGGGCUUUGCUUUCACCCUCAAUCAUCAAGACCAUCAAACGCGAAUCAGUGCAGCAUCUGGAGUCUCUCUUGCUCGCUGGUGAACCCGUCUCCCAGGAGAUAGUCUCUCAAUGGUCGUCUGAGAAGACGAAAGUGUGGAUCUUGUGGGCUGCAACGGAAGUUGCGAAUCUGGCUAGACCAGGCCACUUCACAGAAGAUUCAGACGUGCAGAAUCUCGGACGGUGUAGAUCGAUCUGUCGGAUUGUAGAACCAGGAAACCCUGAAAAGCAAGUUCCUAUUGGCUCGGUGGGCGAAAUCGUCGUCCAUGCGCCAUGGAUAGCAAAUGGAUACUUGAACGAUCGAGAACGGACAGCCGAGAAAUUCCUCGAUCGCCCAGACUGGCUUCCACAAGGGCCAUCGAGCUAUGGAUCUCGCUGGUAUAGAGUGGGUGAUCUUGUCCGUCAAAAUUCUGACGGCAGUCUGAUAUUGGCGGGACGUGGCGACAGCAUGGUCAAAAUAAGAGGGCAGCGAUUUGACAUGUCAGAAGUGGAGAAGAACCUGGGGAGCGACCGUCGCGUGAGGAAUUCUCUGCCCAUCAUCGUGAAAAGAGGGCUGUGCAAGCAUCGUCUGGUUGCAAUAAUUGCGCUGCAUGAUUUCGCUACCGAAGAAAGCAGUGACGAAACUUUUCAUCUCGUAAAGGAUGAUGAAUUGCAAGGGGCCGCAUCGUGGGUGUCUGAAUUCCAGAGUCAGUUGUCCUUACGCAUUCCAAGUUUUAUGAUUCCCACCAUAUGGGUGAUGGUGAAACGAUUGCCUCUUACCAUCACUGGAAAGAUCGAUAGGGUUUUGCUGAAACGACUCGUGGAGAACAUGGACAUCGAAACAUAUGAAAGCAUCUCGUCCUUGGGUAUUUCUCCAGAGGCUCCAAGGACCGAAAUGGAGAAGCGUCUACAGCAGCUUUGGAGCGAAGUGUUGACCAUCCCACGAGACAAGAUUGGUAUAAAUCAGUCAUUUAUCAGUCUUGGGGGAGAUUCUAUUUUAGCCAUGCUUGUUGGCGCUCGCUGCAACGAUCUCAACCUCAACCUGCGAGUGGAAGACAUUUUGAAGUACGGGACAAUUGCUGAACUCGCGUUACGCACUUCGGCCAAAGUCGGUGAUCGGAAUCAGGAUUCUCUGCUCCGCGACCGAUACGAUCAUUUACACAGGUCCAUUAUGAGAAACCUGCACGAGGUCGGGGUACCUAGGACCUGCGAUGUUGUGGACGCGUACCCAACAAGUCCAAUGCAGCAAGGAAUGCUACUGAGCAAGGCACGGCUAAGUGGGGACUACAACACAUCCACCAUCUAUGAAGUUAUCCCAAAGUCACAGCGUUUUGCUCCGAACGCUGAGUCGCUCCUGCGAGCAUGGCAACAAGUUGUAAAUCGACAUUCAGCUUUGCGAACCUUCUUCGUGGAGAGCACAUCACAGAGUGGAUCUUUCGACCAAGUUGUGCUUCGAGAUUGGGACGUAGCAUCGUCCACGACCAUUUUCAGGAACAUCGCGGUUGAAUCAGUUGAAGGAGUUGUUCAGAUAUUCAACCAAAGGCCGCCACAGCCCUACAGCUACCAGCAGCCACCUCACAACUUCACCAUAAUCGAGGCCAAGUCCGGACGCUUAUUUUGCAGGCUAAAUGCUGAGCACACUCUUGUUGAUGGAACGUCGAUUGCAGUUAUCGUGCGCGAUAUCGUCUUAGCCUAUGAUGAAGCCCUCGAAGCCCAGAAAGUCUAUCAAUACUCAUCAUACAUUGAUGCUCUUCAGCAAGUUGAUUGCAGUGUCGACAACAAUUACUGGAAGUCAUACUUGGAUGGCAUGCACCCCUGUCUACUUCCAAACCUCGCCUACAGCUUGUCUCGAGAACCACCCAAAGCCGAGUCUCGGGCAAUCGUCGUUGAUAUCAAGGAACCACAAAUGCUUCUCAAAUUCUGCCAAAGCCAAGAGAUUACUGUUUCCGCUCUUUUCAGAACAGUUUGGGGAUUGCUUCUACGUGCAUAUACUGGCUUGGACGAAGUGGCGUUCGGUUACAUCACCAACGGCAGAGAUCUCCCCCUUGCUGGGAUAGGUCAGAUUGUUGGGACAUUAAUUAACAUGCUUGUUUGCCGCAUGAACCUCAAGGAAUCAAGUCCGGUGAGGGAUGUUAUAGCCAAAGCCCAAGUUGACUACAGGAACAGCUUGCCACAUCAGCACGCAUCGCUAGCACAAAUCCAGCACGUUCUUGAUUUGAAUGGCCAGCAGCUAUUCAACACAUCGAUGACAGUUCUCAAGCAAGUUGAUCUGUCUGCUGGAGAAAAUCCCAGCAUCCGCUUGAAGAACGUUCACCAGUGGUCUCCGGAUGAGUACGAUGUCAACGUGCAGUGUUGGGUAUCGGAAGCGAGCGUGAAAGUAGAACUGUGGUACAGAAGCGAGACCGUUUCAACUGAACAUGCCCAAAAUAUUGCUUCUACCUUCGCUAAAGGUUUAGAGGUAGUCACAGAUGAUCCCGAGCAGCGAGUUGGUCAGCUGGAUCUUUUCAGCGAACACCAUAAAACACAGGUUUGGGACUGGAACGGGACUUAUCCUGAUCUCAUUGAUACUUGUCUGCAUCAUAUCAUUAGUGCCCAAGCCGCCUGCCGACCACAAGAAAUUGCGAUCAUCUCGUGGGAACGGGAGAUGACGUUCCAAGAGUUGGACACUCACUCCGAUCGACUUGCACAUCAUCUACUUUCCCUUGGCGUCGCUCCGGAAGUUCAUGUACUGCUAUGUUUUGAGAAAUCAGCCUUAGCUAUAGUCGCCAUGCUAGCUGUCUUGAAAGCUGGGGGAGUGUGCGUGUCUAUCGAUGCAUCACACCCAAUGCAACGGCUGCAACGUAUCAUUAAAGACACUGCGCCCAUAUGUUGUUUGGUCUCGACAAUGAAUCGCAGCUUGUUCGAAGACGAUGGCCUCCGGGGGCGAGUAAAACAUGUUGUUGCUGUCGACCAGCCAUUGGUAGAUUCGCUGCUACUGGUCGAUGGCACAAAACCAUGUUCAGCUGUCAAGCCAGACAAUGCUGCUUUUAUUUUAUUCACAUCUGGUUCGACAGGUACUCCAAAGGGAAUCGUACAUACACAUUCCACGAUCGCAUCAUCAUUACAUGCACACGGGACCGCUAUGAACAUCGGAAUUGACUCCAGGACACUGCAGUUCUCUGCAUUUGUAUUUGAUGUCAGCAUCACCGAGAUCUUCAUGUCUCUGACUCGUGGUGGCGUUCUCUGCAUUCCUUCAGAAGAUGAAAGGAUGAACGAUUUGGAAUCCGCUAUCGGUCGUAUGAGCGCGAACUGGGCCCACCUCACUCCAACCGUAGCCUCUCUCUUAGACCCAAAUAGAGUUCCGACGUUGAAGCAUAUGGCACUGGCCGGUGAGCCCCUCAAGAAGAUUAAUGUCACUGAGUGGGCGCCUCGUCUCGAAUUGGUCAAUUUAUAUGGCCCAGCCGAGUGUGCUCUAGCCACUACUCUUCGUGUUGGAUUGGUGAAAGAUGAUAGAACGGACAAUAUCGGGAAAGCUAUUGGCCUUCUGGUCUGGAUCGUUGAUUCUUCUGAUCCCCACAUACUUGUGCCUGUCGGAGCAGUAGGCGAGCUUCUUCUAGAAGGGCCAAAUGUCGCACGAGAAUACUUGAAAGACAAAGAGAGAACACUCGCAUCAUUUAUCGAAAACCCAGCAUGGCUCAAAGAUGAGAAAACAAUACCGCCUAGAAGAUUCUACAGGAGUGGUGAUUUGGCUAGAUACAACGGAGAUGGGUCGAUCCAGAUACUGGGCCGAAUCGAUACUCAGGUCAAGUUGCAUGGACAACGUGUCGAGUUGGGCGAGAUCGAAUAUCAGGUCAAAGUCAACUUGCUGGGUCACAACUUGGUUAACAUGGCGGUUGUUUAUGCCAAAUCUGCCAAACACCCAGGAGGUGGAAUACUUGCCACAUUUCUAGAGUUCGAGGAGAAGUCCACAGAUGUUGACAACAACCAACUCAUGCUAACCAUUUCUCAACACCUGCGAAGAACACUCAUCAUGUUAGAUGUCCAUCUUGCCGAAACUUUGCCUUCUUAUAUGGUGCCCGCGAUCUAUUGUCCGAUGAACUCAAUGCCACUCUUGACCGCGGGAAAAAUUGAUCGGGGAAAGCUCUCGAGAAUCGUACAAAACCUCUCGACAGAUCAGGUCGCGUUGUUUUCGCUCGCUGAUUUCCAGGAGGCAAAAGUCAUGCCAAGAACGAAAAUGGAAAGGAUACUACAGAAGCUGUGGGCGAAGUCGCUUGCCAUUGAAACAAAGUCGAUAGGAGUUGAUGACAACUUUUUCCGUCUUGGAGCAGACAGUGUUGUGGCGAUGAGACUGGCUGCAGCCGGCCGAGAAAGUGGCAUCACAAUUACAGUGGCAGACAUAUUCCAGAACCCAAAAUUAUGCGACAUGGCCAUGGUUGCAAAACCUUUCAGCGAGAAAGUCAUGAUUGAUCUCGAAGUCAGAUACGGCAUACAAAAGCAAAAUAUCCAGGCGAUAUACCCGGCAACUCCGCUUCAAGAGGGACUGCUUAUGCUUUCCAACAGGGAACCGAAAGCAUAUACCGUACAGCAUGUCCUCUCGUUGGAUUCAGAUGUGGAACUUGAGAGACUUCGCAUAGCAUGGGAAUAUGUUAUUGAGCAAAAUGCGGUUCUCCGUACUCGGAUUGUUCACGUUGAGAGAUCAAUAGGGUCUCUUCAAGUCGUAUUGCAGGAAGGAGCCUCUUGGCAGACUGCAGUAUCACUUGAGGACUACCUGAGGCAAGACAAACAGCUGCCUAUGGAUUACGCAAUGCCUCUUUCGCGGUAUGCCCUGAUUGAUGAGCACAAGAACGGCAUGCGAUACUUGGUCUGGACUGCCCACCAUUCUGUGUUCGACAAGUGUUCCGCAUCUUUGAUUUUCAGAGAAGUCGCUGCAGCUUAUGAAUCCACUGUUAACGGACCCAAGAACAUUAAUCUGCCAGACAAGGUGUCGUUCAGAGCCUUUUCUGAGGGUGUCUUUCACAUGGAUAUCUCAGGCGCUGAAGCCUUCUGGAAGGAGCAGUUUUUGGAUCUGUCAUUUUCUCCAUAUCCUAAACUCCCUGCAGGACAUCAACCUUUGGCAACGAAUUCUAUAAACUACUCUGCCUCUUUACCACCUUUGAAUUCCACUAGCUUCUCGGUUCCGAUUAUUCUUCGCGCCACCUGGGCGUUAUUACUCGCGCAGUAUACCGAUACCCCUGAGAAUGUUGUCUUUGGACUGACUUUGGACGGCCGUGGAGAGUCUGCUUCAAUGCCUGGGACUGACACCAUGGUAGCACCUGUUUUUGCUACCGUUCCAGUCAAAAUCUCAAUCGACAAGCAAACAACCAUUGAGAGCUUUCUAUCUGAAGUUCAAGAGUCAGCUAAAGAUAUGAAGCAGUGGCAGAACUUUGGAUUGCAAAAUAUUAAAUAUCUUAGUCUCGAUGCAGCGAAGGCCUGUGACUUCCAUAAUCUGUUGGCUAUCCACCCUUCCAGCACCCACAGCGGCCACGGCAAUAGCCCUUUGGAUCUUUCAAUCACCACACAUGAUUCUCCUUCACCCUAUUUGCUCCUACUGGAAUGUCAAAUAAUGGAGAAUGCUAUCGCCAUAGAAGCGCAAUAUGAUCCAAAGGUUUUAGCGGCUUCGCAGAUACAGCGCAUGCUGCAUCAAUUCGAGCAUGUCCUGACUCAAUUGACAGCUCAUGAAUCCCGCAACAAGAGUCUCAACGACAUUGAAUUCUGCAGUCCACAGGAUAUCCAGCUUAUCUCAUCCUGGAACGAGCACCUACCAGAACCUAUCGAGAGUUGUGUCCACGAUGUGAUAGCUUCCCACUCGAUUUCAAGGCCGGGAGCACCUGCAGUAUCUUCUUGGGACGAAAAUUUGACGUAUCACGAGCUUCAUAUCCUGUCCUCAAAUUUGGCACAUUACUUGAAGACCUACUUCAAUAUUGGCCCCGAGUCACUGGUUCCGCUAUGCUUUGCAAAAUCUGCUUGGGCUGUGAUUGCCAUGCUGGCAGUGCUGAAGGCCGGUGGAGGGUAUGUACCAAUGGAUCCCACCCAUCCCGCUUCACGCCUCCAAGAAAUCGUCGACGCAACCAAGUCCUCUGUGGUCCUAUGCUCUCCACAACAUGAAAGAUUGAGUAGGUCGCUUGCAGAGCGAGCGUUUUGUGUCAGUCGCAAGACAGUCGACAUGUGCAAACAAUUCGACGGUCCGGCGUGCAGAAGCGUCACGCCAGACAACACUUGCUACGUUAUAUUCACAUCGGGCUCCACCGGGAAGCCCAAAGGUGUCGCCAUGUCCCAUACGGGAUUUUCAACAGCUGCUGCAGCCCAUGGCAAGCGUGUGAAUCUCAACUCGGAAUCCCGGGUCAUCCAUUUCUCAUCAUAUGCUUUUGAGGCUUGUAUCUUGGAAAUCUUAACCACAUUAUUCAGUGGUGGUUGUGUUUGCAUAGCUCCUGAAUCCGAGCGGCUGGAAGAUAUCGCGAAGACAAUGCGAGAGCUUCGAGUGAAUUGGGCCUUCUUCACUCCCUCCUUCAUCCGUACAAUAAGUCCUGACCAAGUUCCGGACUUGAAGACUUUGGUAUUGGGUGGCGAGGCUUUAGGCUCUGACAAUAUCGAUACAUGGGUGGACCACGUAUAUCUUGUUAAUGGUUAUGGCCCCAGUGAAACUUGUGUCUUUUCCGUAAUAAACGAGAAUAUUCGCAGGCAUCAUACCACCCCCGACAUGAUUGGAAGUGCAGUUGGGGGUGCGUGCUGGAUUGUUGACCCUGAAGAUCAUAGCAAACUUGUUCCACUGGGAGCUGUGGGAGAGUUGUUGAUCGAAGGACCGACACUUGCACGAGGUUACCUCGAUGACCAAGAAAAGACCACUGCAGCAUUUGUCAACAAUCUGGAAGUGAGACUCCGCAUCAGUGCCCUCAAAAGAAAUCAAGUAAACGGAUCAAACACUUGCAGGGCAGUCAAUGGGAAUGCUGCGCACUUGAAUGGCAAUGGAACAAAUGGAUUCUCAAAAGUUACAGGCAGAAUGUACAAAACAGGCGAUUUGGUGCGCUACGAUACGUCAGGCCUUGCGGAUGGAACAAUUCGAUUUGUGGGCCGGAAAGAUUCGCAGGUCAAGGUUCGGGGACAACGAAUGGAGCUUGGGGAUAUCGAGCAUCAUCUGAAGCUCAAUCUGAGCGGUAUUCGGCACAUUGCUGUCGAGCAAGUCGCUCUUCCUCAUCGCGAAACACAACAACUCGCUGCAUUCUUUUCACCCGACAAGCAAACCCGAAUAUCUGGUUCGAAUUCCGAAUUGAUUACGCUCCCAUUGCCGGCUGAUGUGAAGCAAUCGAUACUCGCGGCUGAAGCAGCAUUGUCCGAGAAGUUACCCGCAUACAUGAUUCCUACACUGUACGUGCCAGUAGCCAGGAUCCCUCUCCUACCUUCAGGGAAAACAAACAGAAGAGAACUGCGCCAGGUCUCUUCACGAUUCACGGAGAAGGAAAUCGAACAAUACUCCUUGAGCGAGGGACAAAAGAGAGCUCCAAGUACCGAUGUUGAGAAGACAUUAGCGAAGGUCUGGAGCCAGAUCCUUCACACCGGAGACGAAACCAUCAUUGGCCUAGAUGACAGCUUUUUCAGGCUGGGGGGAGAUUCCAUUGGCGCUAUGAAUCUCACGACUCUUGCUCGUGAGAAUGGUAUUUCCCUGACCGUGGCCAAGAUUUUCCAGCACCCGCGGCUAGAGGACAUGGCCUCUGUUGCCAUCAAAACCAGUGAGGUAGUAGAGAAUAGGCUCGUGCCAUUCUCCUUACUUGCAAACAUUGAAGAUGUGGACACAGUCCUAAGAGAAAUUUACAGAAGAUACCAAAUACCACAGGGGAAAAUCGAAGAUGCGUUUCCGACAUCUGCCCUGCAAGAAGGCCUCUUCUUGCUUUCCAUCAAACAACCAGGAUCGUACAUGAGUCAAAUAACACUGAGUCUCAGGUCUGAUGUUGACAUCGCACACUUCAAAUCAACUUGGCAAAAGACUGCUGAGAGAAACUCCAUCCUCCGAUCUCGCAUCGCUCAUACCGGAUUGACAUCUAUCCAGUUCAUCGUCAGGGAAGAAAUCGAUUGGUACCACGGCUCCGACUUGAAUGACUAUCUCACUGAGGACAAAAAACAUCAAAUGGGUCAGGGAAGCCCGCUCAUUCGAUACGCAAUUAUCACGUCAGGAAAUGAUCGCAAUUUUGUUCUAACGGCCCACCACUCAUUGUAUGAUGGCUGGUCAUUGAUGCUGAUUAUGGAAGAUUUCACUCGUCUGUAUGGGGCUGACCCGGUCAAGCCACCAGCUCCACCUUAUGCCAACUUUAUCAGGCAUUUGAUGAGUGCGGAUGUUGAGUCUGCGAAGUCAUUUUGGCUAUCCCAGUUUUCCGGAAAAUCACUUUCAAGCUUUCCAGAGCCGCGACCAGCUGCGCAAGCAGCCGAAGAGACUCAAAUUUUCCAAUAUGCAGACAUCAAGCGGCCUUCAGGAUCUGACAUCACCCUAUCAACUGUCAUAAGGGCGGCCUGGUCUCUGGUUGUUGCAAGAUAUGCAGACACUCAAGACGUGUUCUUUGGAGCAAUAUCUACAGGACGCAAUGCUUCACUUCCCAAUAUUGAACAGAUGACAGGCCCAUUGAUAGCGACGAUUCCAGUUUGCAUCUCAAUAGAUGGGACUGAGACUGUCGACAAUUUUCUGCGAAGGACACAAAGACAAGCAACAGACAUGAUCCCAUUCGAGCACACGGGCCUUCAAACAAUCAAGUCCUUUGGUCCCGAAGCCGAAACAGCCUGCCAACUCCAGAAUUUGUUGGUAAUUCAACCAGAAGGCUCUGAUGAUAUGCAGAGUCCCGUAUGGAAAGAAAACGUACUGUUUGCUAAAGGAGAAAUGGUCACGAUGACGUAUGCGUUGAUCGUCGAGUGUCGGCUGUACAAGGAUAAGGUCAGGAUCACUGCUCAAUACCGGGAGAACAUUACUCCUACCGGUCAAAUGCAACGAAUGAUUGACCAGUUCGAACAUGUCCUGCACCAGCUCAACAACACCAGCAACAAGCAGAAAGUGGACGAAGUUGAGGUUGUCAGCAAAAAAGACAAAUUAGAAGUCUUGGAAUGGAAUAAAGACUCCCAAUUCCCUCACAUAGACGACUGUGUUCAUCACAUCAUUGAACGACAAGCCACUCAAAGACCUCGCUCCCCAGCUGUUGAGUCUUGGGACGCCAGCUUUUCUUACGAGAAGCUCAACAACAUUUCAGGUAAACUUGCCCAGUAUCUGAAGGGACUGGGUAUUGGGCCGAAUGUAUUUGUCCCGCUUUGUUUUGAUAAAUCAGCUUGGACGGUCGUGGCCAUUCUAGCAGUACUGAAAGCAGGAGGUGCAUACCUCUCCUUGGAUCCGAAACACCCAAAAGCCAGAAGAGAUCUCAUUAUUCAAGAUGUUUCUGCAAAGGUUGUUCUGACAAGCAGUCAAUAUUGUGGCAGUUUUGACUCCUCGGGAGUGACGGUUCUCAGCAUCGACCAGGCUCUGCUUGACGACCUUCCCUCUCUUUCAGGCGUCGAAAGUCUUCCUGGGAAGUCGACAGACGCCGCUUUUGUGGUCUUUACUUCGGGCUCAACUGGUAUCCCUAAGGGUAUCGUUAUGGAACAUGGAUCGUUUGUCAGUAGCGCCGAAGAGCACUCGAAAGCGCUCCACAUCAACUCUGAUUCGCGCGUUCUCCAAUUUGCAGCUUAUACUUACGAUGUGAGUAUGGGCGAGAUUCUAACAACAUUGAUGCGAGGCGGUUGUGUAUGUGUACCUUCUGAGGAGCAGCGCAUGGGAGAUCUAGCAGCUACCAUCAAUUCUUUGGAGGUCAACUGGGCAUUUCUGACACCAACCGUUGCUGGGUUCUUGACACCUAGCGAGGUCCCUGGCCUGAAAAUCCUUGUCCUUGGAGGAGAGCAUUGCACAAAUCAGAAUAUCGAAACGUGGUCGGAGCAUGUAAACUUGAUAAAUUCUUAUGGCCCCGCAGAAUGCGCUAUCUGGUGCUGUCGAGCACCAAAUUUGACCUUGGAGUCCAACCCUGCAAGUCUCGGAUAUCCAGUCGGCGCAACACUUUGGAUCACAGAUGCCGUGGAUUCAGACAAGCUUGCUCCUGUUGGAUGUGUUGGAGAAUUACUUAUCGAAGGACCCACACUUGCCCGAGAAUAUCUUAACGACCCCGAAAAGACAGCAGCAGCGUUCAUAGUGGAUCCAAAAUGGUCUAAUAAUGGAUCUGACAGAAAAAGACGAUUCUACAGGACUGGAGACCUGGUCCGGUACGGACCAGAGGGAACUAUUCUCUUCAUUGGCCGCAGAGACACACAAGCAAAGAUCCACGGCCAGAGAAUAGAGCUUGGAGAGAUCGAGCAGAACCUGAUGAGAUUUAGUCCACCGAACUGGUUCCCAGUGGUUGACAUCCUCCAAUUUUCCGACGGCAAAAGUGAUGCCACCUUGACAGCAUUCAUUCACUUGAAAAACGCUUCGAAUCUUCCCAGGGCCGCAAAUGAUAUGGUUAUCCCCAUGGACUCGGCAAUUUCUGAACAACUGAGCAGGAUAAGGUCCGAAUUGGAGCAGGUCCUUCCAGGUCAUAUGGUGCCCGCUGUAUUCAUUCCUCUAUUCAAGUUGCCUCUUACAGCAGGGGGUAAGGUUGAUCGAAAAGCUCUCAAGGCAUUUGGGCAGAGUCUAGAUAACGACCAAAUCCUUGAAUACUUGCUGAUUGGCCAUGGUGCUGUGAAGACCCCCUCAACGGAAAUAGAAAAACAGCUCCAGAAACUGUGGUCAAAGGUUUUGAAUGUCAGCCUAGAGUCGAUUGGCACAGGUUCAAACUUUCUACGACUAGGUGGAGACUCAGUAGCAGCAAUGCGACUUUCUGCUGCUGCAAGGGAGAGCGGAUUGUUGUUGACCAUCCGGUCAAUAUUUACCUCACCAAAACUUGAAGACAUGGCUAAGACAGCAGAUGUAAUCUCAAACGAACCCCAGAAGCUUCAAGAUUAUGAGACAUUCUCGAUAUGGAAGGAUUUCAACAAGUCGAGCUUAUUUAGAGAUGUUCUACAGCCUCAAAUAUCCAAAGAGCUAGGAGAGAUUGAGGAUGUUCUUGAGGCAACCGAUUAUCAACGGUGGACUCAAGGUUGUGGUCAGCUCAAGACUCGAGGUUACAACAAUUACUUUACCUUCCACUUCAAGGGGUCACUGGAUUUGACAAAACUUCACGCUGCGUGCCAAGAACUUCUCAAGCGCCACUCAAUCCUCCGUACCACAUUUAUCCCUUACAAAAGCAAACUGUUCCAGGUGGUUUUAAAAAGCGCACAGCCAAGCUUCGAGUACUAUAAGCAUGAAGAGCGGGCUGUGAUCCUUGCCCGCGACAUGGAAAGACCCGUUCGAUUUGGAGAGUCCAUCAUUCGAUUGUUGUUAGUCGAGCAGAGAGAUGACGAACAUGAACUGCUGAUCCGAAUUUCUCAUUCCCUUUAUGACGGUAUCUCGUUGCCAAUCAUUGUCAGAGACUUGAAAGCUGCCUAUGCCGGAGAGCAGUUAUCAAGUAGUUCGCCGUACAACCAAUUCAUCUGGGGAUCAUUGCAGACAAUGAAAACAUUAGACGCGGAAACAUUCUGGCGGCGUCUUCUGAAAGGCUCUACGAUGACACACAUAGUUCACCAUCAGACACCAUCUUACCGCAAUCCGAUCAACAAGUCUUUGAAACGAACCGUACCGGCACCAGAGAAUAGAAAUAUGGGCAUCACAUUCGCAUCCAUAGUCAAAGCAUCUUGGGCAUUGGUUCUUGCAAAGUUCUCGGCGAGUUCAGAUGUUGUCUUUGGACAGAUCACCACGGGUCGAAGUGCCCCUAUCCCAGGGAUUGAUGAGAUUGUCGGGCCUUGUAUGAAUCUUGUUCCAGCUCGAUUCAAGCUAGAUUCAGCUGCAACCCUUUCCGAACUUCUCCAGCAAGUUCAGGCUCAGCAUUUGGAUAUGUUGCCUUACGAAUCCCUCGGGUUUCACCACAUCAUAGAGAAAUGUACCAAUUGGCCGACGUGGACCAGAUUCAGCUCUAUUUUGCAGCAUACGAACUUCAACACCGGUAUGGAUGCACUAGACAUGUGGGGUGAUGUUGAGAUGAGGCUGGGAAACUUCACACCCGGCCAUGACGUCUCGGACAUUUGGAUUUGGACAGGUCCUGCCGGAGAAAACUUUUCCAUCGACUUCACGUACUCCAGCGAUACCCUCCCAGAAGCGCUUGCUCAGGAGAUGCUCGACUCGCUAUGCGAGAAUAUUGGCAAGCUAUUCGAGUGCCCAAGCAGUCCCAUGGACAGUUUGCUGGCGACCCUUCAAGCACGACUACCUUUACCCCUCACUGAGAAGAGCUCUUCUGUCCCUCGUGCUCCAGCCAGUCCUGAGAUACUAGCAGUUGUGCAAGCAACUUGGGCGAUUAUCUUUGGCGAUGAUGAAAAUGCUCUUCCUCCUGGAACGAUAGACAGCACGCCAUUCUUUAACCUGCGAGGUGACUUGCUCGCAGCCGCUCAAAUUUCUUGCGAGCUCGGAAAGCGAGGCUUUCAGAUGACACCGGAGGACGUCAUUGACAACCCUGAUAUGGAAAUGCAAGCUGAAUUUCUCUCUGCUCGGGCUUGA